AGCGGUGCGGGCAGUCAGUCAGCAGUCCGUCAGUCUCGGAGCGGCACUGCUGGUUUGGAUGGUACUCAGCAGGACGGACUUUUUCCAUCAGGAUAUUCAACAGCAUGGCCGGGAUGGAGUGAUGAUGGGAUGGAUGUGAAUAUGGGCCAGUGGGCAGGCAUGCGAGCCCCUCUCCUCAGCCUGGCCCUGCUGCUGCUGUUGCUGCUCUUCAAGCCACCACCCUGCUGCGGCCAGAAUACCCAUGCGGGCCUUCAGGAUGGACCCCACUUUGGCUUUACUCAGGCUGUCUACCACGCAACAGUUUACGAAAACUCAGCAGCACGCACCUAUGCCAACAGUAAAGUUAAAAUGGGAAUCCACCUGGCACAGCGCUCCUGGGAGAUCCGCUACAGAAUCACCUCUGGUGAUGAUGAAGGGUUUUUCAAGGCAGAGGAGUAUGUGCUGGGUGACUUCUGUUUCUUGCGCAUAAGGACUAAAGGUGGCAACGCAGCUAUCUUGAACCGAGAGAUUCAGGAUAAUUAUGUAUUGACAGUAAAAGCUUCUGUCAAGGGAGAGGCCCUCCUUGAGACCUGGACAAAAGUCAGCAUCCAGGUCUUGGAUAUGAAUGACCUACGACCCUUGUUCUCACCAACCACUUACUCCGUCACCAUAGCGGAGAGCACCCCUCUCAGGACUAGCAUAGCACAAGUUACCGCGACAGAUGCAGAUAUUGGUUCCAAUGGGGAGUUUUACUAUUUUUUCAAGGAGAAAAUGGAGUUGUUUGCUGUACACCCAACCAGUGGAGUUGUUUCUCUCAGUGGAAAGCUGAAUGUUGAUGAGCAGAAUCGGUACGAUUUAGAAAUUUUGGCGGUGGACCGUGGCAUGAAGCUCUAUGGAAAUAAUGGGGUCAGCAGCACAGCCAAGCUUUUUGUCCAUGUAGAACGUGUGAAUGAGCAUGCCCCAGUCAUGACUGCGGUCACCCACAGCCCCUCGUGGCUUGAUAAAAACCCUGUGUAUGCCAUGGUCACUGUUGAAGACCUAGAUGAAGGCUUAAAUGGAGAAAUAGACUCAGUGGUCAUUGUGGGUGGAGACCCUUCAGAGCAGUUUUUUGUGGAAAGAUCUGCAGAAGGCGAGUUUGCCAUAAAGGCCUCUGAGUCAGUAAAUUGGGAGACAUACCCAUAUGGCUGUAACCUCACUUUGCAGGCUAAAGACAGAGGAGCCCCACAGAAGUUCUCUGCUGUUAAGGUUGUCCACAUUAUGGUCAAGAAACGACAGACAGCAGAAGCUGCAUUUGAGCAGGAGAUAUAUGAUGUUAGUCUGAAUGAAAUUUCACCACCAGGCACAAUUGUAGAAGCUGUUAAACUUAAGCCAGAGCCUGAUGAUGCAGAGUAUAUCCUGACACCUUCUGCAGAUUCAGCUUUUUUUCAAAUGAACACCCUAACAGGCGUAAUCUCUACCACUCACUGGUUCACUCAGUUGACCCAGGAUGUCUUUAAUCUUGAGGUAAUGGAAAUAGAUAGUGAGCUCAAAGUUAAAGUGCAGGUUACUAUUGAGGAUGCCAAUGACAACACACCAACAUUUGAUCUGUCCUCUUAUGAGGUUUUGGUUAAUGAGAGUGUACUAGUUGGGACCAAUGUGUUAACAGUUUCCGCAGUGGAUGAGGAUAAAGGAGAAAAUGGAUACAUAACUUACAGCAUUUCCAGCCUUCAGCCAUUACCCUUCAAAAUCAAUCAGUUCUCUGGUGUCAUCAGCACUAUUAAAGAGUUGGACUUUGAAUCAUCAUCAGAGAGCUUUGUGUUUGUUGUCAGAGCAUCUGACUGGGGUUCGCCUUACAGGCGAGAGAGUGAAGUCAAUGUGACAAUCCACCUGGAAAAUGUAAAUGAUAACCAGCCAUUGUUUGAGAAGGUAGCAUGCCAGGGUGUGAUCUCUAGGGACUUCCCAGUGGAUGAAGUGAUUACCACAAUGUCUGCAAUUGACAUAGAUGAGUUGGAAUUAGUAAAAUAUAAGAUCAUUUCAGGUAACGACUGGGGGUACUUUGACCUCAACCCAGAUUCAGGGGUCCUUUCACUGCGACAUUCCCUUGCAACUGCCAGUCCAAAGAAUGGUGUCUUUAGUCUCAAAAUAACUGCCACAGAUGGUGAGAAUUUUUCUGAUCCUAUGUUUGUUAACAUCUCAGUUGCUCAUGGGAAAUCUCCUCCCAAAAGUUUCAACUGUAAAGAGACAAGAGUAGCUCAAAAGUUAGCUGAGAAGUUACUCAAAAAGUCCAAAGCAAGCACAAAGCCCAAAAUUGAGGAAGGCUUUAUUGACCUUUUCUCUGUCAAUCGGCAGACACCCCAGUUUGACAAAGCUUUUCCGACAGAUAUUGCUGUGCGGGAAGACCUUAAGAUUGGCUCAAGCGUUUUCAAGGUCAGUGCCUAUGAUGGUGACACAGGUUUCAAUGGUCAGAUUCUGUACUCUAUUUCAGAUGGAAACAUUGACAGCUGUUUUAAAAUUGACAUGGAGACUGGCCUUAUCAGUGUCUUCCUCCCUUUGGACAGAGAAAAGAGGGAUCGCUAUCUCCUCAACCUAACUAUCUAUGACCUUGGCCUGCCACAGAAAACUGCCUGGCGUUUGCUUACUGUUUACAUAGAGGAUGCUAAUGAUAAUGCACCCCAGUUUUUGCAAGAAGGAGGCUAUGGAAUUAUGAUACCUGAAAACACUGCCAUAGGUACAGAUGUCAUCCAGGUUGAGGCCACUGACAAAGAUUUAGGACCCAAUGGGGAAAUUAUGUACUCUGUUUUAACCAGCACCACCCAGUUUGGUAUCAACAGCACUAAUGGCAUAGUGUAUGUAGCUGGUCAACUAGACAGGGAGUUUGUUUCUGCUUUUAACCUGAAGAUUGAGGCUCGGGACAAGGCAGAGAAAGGGGGCCAGAGGUUUUCUGUAACCACUUUGAAAAUCAUUUUAGAGGAUGUGAAUGACUGUCCCCCACUAUUUAUUCCCAGUGUGUACAAAGCCAGAGCUCUAGAGGAUCUCCCAGUAGGAACUGUUGUGGCCUGGUUAGAAACCCAGGACCCAGAUUUGGGGUUGGGAGGCCAGGUCCGGUACUCUCUGGCCAAUGACUAUAACGGAUGGUUUGAGGUAGACAAAGCCAGUGGAGCUAUUCGGCUGACAAAAGAGUUGGACUAUGAGACCCAGCAGUUCUACAACCUUACUGUGAAGGCCAAAGACAAGGGAAGGCCUGUUUCUCUUCUCUCAGUCACCUUUGUGGAGGUGGAGGUUGUAGAUGUGAACGAAAACCUCUACGCUCCAUACUUUUCCCACUUUGCCUUGACAGGAUUAGUGAAGGAGAAUUCCCGGAUUGGAACUACACUACUCCAAGUCACCGCUAACGAUGAUGAUGCUGGCAGAGAUGGAGAAAUCCAAUACUCCAUUCGUGACGGGAGUGGGCUUGGACGAUUUGCCAUUGAUGAAGAGACAGGGGUGAUCUACACCACAGAUAUGUUGGACCGUGAGACCAAGGACUCUUACUGGCUGACGGUGUAUGCAAGUGACCAUGGCGUGGUUCCUCAGUUUGCUACAAUUGAGGUAUUCGUCCAGGUGGAGGAUGUUAACGAUAACGCUCCGCUGACCUCAGAGCCAUUGUACCGGCCUUCAGUGCCUGAGAACUCUCCACGGGAUGUUUCUGUGAUCCAGAUCCAGGCCCAGGACCCUGAUGCUGCGCCCCCUGCUGCUGCUGACAGACUCAACUACCGCAUCAUCAGUGGAAACCCACAGAACUUCUUCACAAUCAACACCCGCACUGGUCUGAUCACCACAACCUCCAGGAAACUGGACCGUGAACAACAAACAGAACAUGUUUUAGAGGUGCUGGUGUCAGAUGGUGGUCCUAGUCCCAGGCAGAGUACAGUGUGGGUGAUGGUACAAGUCCUGGAUGAAAAUGACAACAAGCCCACAUUUCCCGAGAAGGUCUACCAGGUCAAGCUUCCAGAGAGAGAGCGGAGAAAGAAGGGCGAGCCCAUCUAUCGGGUGUUUGCCUACGACCGUGAUGAAGGGCCCAACAGCGACCUCUCCUACAGCAUUGUCGACGGAAACGAAGACGGGAAGUUCUUCAUCGACCCCAAGACUGCAGUUGUAUCUUCACGCAAGGCCUUCACUGCUGGGAGUUAUGACAUCCUGACUAUCAAAGCAACAGACAACGGGCGUCCUCAGAAAUCCUCAACAGCUCGCCUGCACAUUGAGUGGAUUCGUCGACCUCCUCCCUCUACUCUCCAACUGCUUUUUGACGAGCCGUUCUACAAUUUCACUGUCAUGGAAAAUGACAAGGUGGCAGAGAUCGUGGGUGUGGUGUCCCUGCAGCAGAGCUCCGCCCCCUUGUGGUUUGACAUCACAGGUCCCAGGUCUUUCCGUGAGAUGUUCUAUAUUCUGCAGAGCGCUUGUGGCAGGAACUGUUCCUCAGAAGCAGGUGGAAACAGCGACAGUGUGUUUGACGUUGAGAAGGCUGUGGGCACCAUUAUCAUCGCCAAGCCUCUGGAUGCUGAACAGCGCUCCUUCUACAACCUAACGGUGCAGGCCACAGACAGCACCAACACUGCAUACACACAGGUUCACAUCACUGUUAUGGACAACAACGACAACGCUCCCAUCUUCUCCCAGCCUACCUAUGAUGUCACCAUUUCUGAAGACACACCACCUGACACUGAGGUGGUCCAGGUUCUGGCAUCAGACCGUGAUGAACAUCACAAGCUGACCUACUCUUUGCAGAGCUCCAUAGACCCCAGUAGCAUGCGUCUUUUCCGCAUCCACCCCACCCUGGGCACCAUCUACACUGCUCAGAGACUGGACCAUGAAGCCUGUGCCCAGCACAUCCUCACUGUCAUUGUGAAAGACCAAGAGUUCCCAUACAGAAAGAACCUAGCUCGUGUGCUAAUAGAAGUGGAAGAUAUAAAUGACCAUGUACCCAUCUUUACCAGUGCUCUGUAUGAAGGCUCAGUCUAUGAGUCAGCAGCAGUGGGAUCAGCUGUGGUCCAGGUCACUGCCCUGGACAAAGACAAAGGCGAGAAUGCAGAGCUACACUACUCCAUUGAAGCAGGGAACACUGGAAAUGCAUUCCAUAUUGAGCCAGUUUUGGGUAUCAUCACUGUUGCACGUGACCUGGACUUGUCAAGCAUAGGACAUUAUGUUCUCACUGUCAGAGUCACUGACAAUGGCUCCCCUCCACUGUCCACCACCACUGUAGUGCGAAUUGCGGUCACCCUCUCUGACAACGCUGGCCCAAAGUUCCCUCAGCCUGAGUACCAGGCUGAAAUCGCAGAGAACGCUGUUAUUGGGACCUCCGUCACCACAGUCAGUGCAGUUAGCCAGUCCACCCUCACUUAUGACAUCAAGCACGGCAACACAGAGCGUGUUUUUCAGAUAAAUCAGUACAGUGGAGUGAUUACUACUCAAAAGCCUUUAGACUAUGAGAUGACAGCAUCGUACACCUUGAUAGUCCAGGCUGCCAACAUGGCUGGCAUGGCCUCCAAUGCUACUCUGUUAAUCCAGGUAGUGGAUGAGAAUGAUAACCCACCAGUUUUUCAGCAGCUACACUAUCAUGGCAGCAUCAGCGAGGCAGCACCAGUCAACAGUGUGGUCUUGAACUCAGAUGAUUCACCUCUGGUAAUCAAGGCCACUGAUGCUGACCGCAACCAAAAUGCUCUAUUGGUUUACCAGAUAGUUGAGGACACUGCAAAAAUGUUCUUCACUGUAGACUCAGGAACUGGCUCUAUCAGAACCAUUGCUAAUCUAGACCAUGAGACAUUUGCCACCUUCCACUUCCAUGUUCAUGUGAGGGACAAUGGCAGGCCACAGCUAACAGCAGACAGUCCAACUGAGGUCACAAUACAAGUGAUUGACACAAAUGAUUCACCACCUCGCUUCACCCAGAAUGCCUAUGAAACAGUUUUGUUACUCCCCACCUAUGUGGGAGUAGAGACUUUGCAGGUUUUAGCCACAGACCCUGACAAAGAUGCCACUACAGAGCUCACCUACUCUCUGACUGAUGGAGUGCUGGAGCACUUUGCCAUCAAACCUUCCAGUGGAGUCAUCACAGUUAAACACAACAACUUCUCCAAAGAACGUUUCCGCUUUAGUGUCAAAGUUUCAGAUGGGAAAUUCUCCAGCACAGCUUUGGUGACCAUUCUUGUCCGAGAGGCUCUGGACUCUGGUCUCAGCUUCACUCAUAGCCUUUAUUCUUCAUCUAUUCAAGAGAAUGUAUCAAAUAUCACCAAAGUGGCUGUGGUCAAUGCUGUGGGAAACCGUCUCAAUGAACCACUGAAGUACACCCUGUUGAAUGCUGGCACACGCUUCAGAAUCCGUCCAACUUCUGGCGUAAUCCAAACCACAGGUAUACCGUUUGACCGUGAAGAGCAAGAGUUCUAUGAACUGGUUGUUGAGGUGAGAAGGGAGCAUGACCGUCUGCACGUGGCCAGAGUUAUGGUUAGAGUCCAAGUCGAAGACAUAAAUGAUAAUGCCCCUGUGUUUGUUGGACUUCCUUAUUAUGCAGCUGUUCAAGUAGAAGCUGAGCCAGGAUCACCCAUUUUCAGGGUCAUGGCAGUAGAUGGUGACAAAGGGAUUAAUGGAGAGGUAUCUUACUAUCUCAAGGACGACCAUGGUCACUUUGAGAUCAACCGGCAGACAGGUGGUCUCAGCCUUAAAAGGGCUUUUGAGUCUGACUUGUCCAAUGUGGAAUACCAGAUGGUGAUAUAUGCAAGAGAUGGUGGUUAUCCACCUCUCUCAUCUAAUAUAGAGUUCCCUAUCACAGUGGUCAACAAAGCCAUGCCUGUCUUUGACAAAUCAUUUUAUUCUGUUUCUGUGAAUGAGGAUGUGGCUGUGCACACACCUAUCCUUGGCAUAAAUGCCACUAGUCCUGAAGGUCAAAAUAUCAUUUACACUAUUGUUGAUGGAGACCCGUCUCUUCAGUUUGACAUUGGUUUUGAUACUGGGGUCAUAAGUGUAAUCCACUCUUUGGACUAUGAAGCAGCAUCAUCUUACCACCUGACCAUCAGAGCCACAGACUAUCUGACUGGUGCCCGUGCUGAGGUUGAUGUAGAUGUGGUUAUCCAGGAUGUAAAUGAUAACCCACCUAUCUUCCAGAAAAUGUCUUACAGGGUUGUUUUGUCUGAAACAGCCAUGAUUGGAACUCCAGCACUUCAAGUUAUUGCCACUGACAAAGACUCAGAGAAGAACAAUGUUGUUCGUUACCAAAUUUUCUCAGAUGUGCAUAACAGCACAGACUACUUUCACAUUGAUAGCAGCAGUGGAUUAAUCCUGACAGCACGUAUGCUAGACCAUGAACUUGUCCAGGAGUAUGACUUCAUUGUCAGGGCCACUGAUAAUGGCUUCCCACCAUUGAGUAAUGAAGUAUCAGUCAUAGUUGUGGUGAAUGACAUGAACGACAAUCCUCCAGUUUUCAAUCAGCUACUCUAUGAGGCAUAUGUGAAUGAGUUAGCACCUAGGGGUCACUUUGUAACCUGUGUACAGGCCUCAGAUGCUGACAGCUCGGAUUUUGACAAGAUGGAAUACAGCAUUUUGUCAGGGAAUGAAAGAAUGAACUUUGUGAUGGACAAAAAGACAGGAAUUAUCACAUUGUCCAGCCACCGUAAGCAAAGAAUGGAGCCUACCUAUAGCCUCAAUGUUUCUGUAUCUGACGGGGUGUUCACCAGCACUGCACAAGUUCAUGUUAAGGUGUUGGGGGCCAACCUGUACAGUCCAGUGUUUGGACAGAAUAUGUAUGAGGCAGAGUUAAGAGAGAAUUCUGCUGUCGGAACCAAAGUUAUACAAGUGAAGGCAACAGAUGCAGAUCCUGGAAUGUUCGGACACAUCACUUAUUCUUUUGUUAAUGAUGUGGGAAAGGACCAAUUUAGCAUUGAUGCAAAUGGUCAAAUCACCACUGUGGAAAAGCUUGAUCGUGAGGACCCGGCCAAUAAGGACAUCAUUCUAACAGUGGCAGCCCAUGACUCAGGUGGACGUGUUUCUUACUGUACAGCACAAGUUACUCUGUUGGAUGAUAAUGAUAAUGUACCUCGCUUCCGUGCUACAGAGUACCGAGCUUCAGUCAAAUCUGAUGUGGCUAAAGGUUUUUUGGUGACACAGAUUCAGGCUUAUGAUCCUGAUGAUGGCAGUAAUGCAAAAGUGACAUAUUCACUCUACAGUGAGGCACAUGUUCCUGUGGUGGACAUUUUGGAGAUAGACCCAGACAAUGGUUGGAUGGUGACUAAAGGCAGCUUUAGCCACUUGAGGAACUCUGUAUUAUCGUUUUUUGUGAAGGCUGUGGAUGGAGGAAAUCCAGUCCGGCACUCUCUAGUGUCUGUCUACAUCCAUGUUCUUUCCCCAGAUGCCUUCAUUCCUUCAUUUAGCCAACAUCAAUACUUAUUUAGCUUGCCAGAGGACACCCCCAUAGGUUCAGCCAUAGGGACAGUGCGCCUCAACACUUUUCCUGGAUAUGCCUCGCUCUCUGCUACCUUUGCUCUGGUCAACGGAGAGACUGGAGAAAACAACCAAGAUGGGGUGUUUGUGGUGGAAAAGGAUACAGGUGUGAUCAAGCUUGAUAAGCCCUUGGACCAUGAUGUGAUAAAAGCAUACCAUUUCAAAGUCACUACCACUAUAAAACAGGCUAAGCUGGAUUCUGUGACCUCUGUUGAAGUUGAAGUCAAAGUGUUGGAUCUAAAUGACAACAAACCAGCAUUUGAGGCCGACUCUUAUGAGGCCACAGUUAUGGAAGGCAUGCCAGUUGGAACCAGAAUCAUUCAAGUCCAAGCACUAGACCCAGACUCAGGGGCCAAUGGCCAGGUAACAUACAGUCUUGGGGCAUUAAUCCAGUCAGAAGGGGAUUCAGACAUGUCAGUUGGCACCUUUAGCAUUGACAGCAACACAGGCUGGAUCUCCACAUGUAAGGACCUGGACCAUGAGACCAAUCCAUCCUACACAUUCACAGUGGUAGCCUCAGACCUUGGGGAGACCCUGUCUCUUUCCAGUACCACCACUGUGACUGUAGCAGUGUCAGACAUUAAUGACAACCCGCCCAGGUUCUUGGAACAACACUACUUUGGUUCAGUUCAGGAGAGUGACCCGCCAGGCGAGGUAGUGGCUGUGUUGAACACAAGAGAUGAUGACAGCUCUGCUGUUAACCGUCAAGUCAGCUACCAUAUCACUGGUGGGAACUAUCGUGGUGUGUUUGCUCUGGGUCUGGUUCAGGGUGAAUGGAAGAUGUAUGUGAAGUGGCCACUGGACAGGGAGGAGCGCAAUCUCUACAUCAUCAAUGUCACUGCUAGCGAUGGACUCUUUGUUUCACAGGCAACGGUGGAGGUGACAGUGAUAGACACCAAUGACAACAGCCCUAUCUGUGACCAGGCUGUGUACACUGCCUCUAUUCCAGAGGACCUCCCAGUCAACAGUGUGCUGCUGAGGGUUGGAGCUACGGAUGCAGAUGUGGGCAUCAGUGCCUGGAUCCAGUACUCCUUACAUGGUCCUGGAUCCCAGGACUUCAGCAUGGACUCGGACACCGGUGAGGUCAAGUCAUCUGUGAUUCUUGACCAUGAGACAACACCCUACUACUGGCUUGUGGCUCAGGCAACUGAUGGUGGUGGGCGAUGGUGCCGUGCUGAGGUGCAUCUGGCAGUUACUGAUGUGAAUGACAACCCACCCAUCUUCACCCUGUCACAGUACACUGCCAGCGUCUAUGAAGACACCGCCACCAAAGCCCUGCUCACCCGCAUCCAGGCCAUAGACCCUGAUGAAGCAGGUCUGGGCCGUAUGGUAGUCUACUCCCUGGCUGACUCUGCAGGAGGUUCAUUCUCUAUCGAUAAGUCCUCAGGCAUUGUGGUCCUGGAACGCGUUCUCGACCGUGAGGUCCAGCCUGCUUAUCAGAUAACAGUCCAUGCAUCUGACCAGGGUUCACCAGUUCCCCUCUCCUCAUUGGUCAACGUCACUAUCACUGUGCUGGACAUCAAUGAUAACCCGCCUGUGUUUGAGCGCCGUGACCAGCUAGCGACAGUGCCGGAGGAUGUGGGAGUGGGCACCGAGGUUCUGAGAGUUUAUGCAGCCAGCAAGGACAUCGGGACCAAUGCUGAGAUUACUUACAGCAUCCGAUCAGGCAACGAGCAUGGGAAGUUCCAUAUCCACCCACUGACUGGUGCAAUUUUAGUUGCCCAGCCUCUGGACUAUGAGACCUGCAGGGACUACUUCCUGACAGUGGAGGCUCGUGAUGGAGGCACACCACCACUGAGUGCCAUUACAACAGUAAACAUAAACCUGACAGAUGUCAAUGACAACGCACCCAUGUUUAGCCGUGACCUCUACACUGCGGUGGUGUCAGAGGAUGCCACCACUGGAGAAUCUGUAGUCCAGCUGGUUGCAGAGGACAUUGACAGUCAGCUGAAUGGAGCCAUUCUCUAUUCCAUUAUCACUGGAGACCGAGACAACCAGUUCUUCAUUGACCCACUCCGUGGGGUCAUCAAGGUCAACAAGCCACUGGACCGUGAGACAGUUCCUAGCUACUCGUUGAUCAUCAGAGCUCUGGAUAGUGGAAUCCCACCCAUGUCCUCCACUGUGAUGGCCAACAUAGACAUCUCUGACAUCAAUGACAACCCGCCCACCUUCUCCCCAGCCAACCUAACUACUGUCAUACAGGAAAACAAGCCAAUCGGCACCAGCAUCCUGCAGUUGUCCGUCAUUGAUCAGGACUCCUCCCACAAUGGCCCACCCUUUGACUUCCACAUCCUGUCAGGAAACGAAGGCGGAGAGUUUUUGCUGGAGAAAGAUGGAACACUAGUGGCCAAUCAAGUGUUCAGGAGGGACCUGGCCACUGAAUAUGUUAUUCUGAUACGGGUGACAGACUCAGGGAAGCCUCGUCUUUCCUCCUCCUCCACGCUGAAAGUCAGAGUGAUUGAGGAGAGCCUUCACCGACCAGUCGCGUUGCCACUGGAAGUUCACAUUGUCACUAUGGAGGACGAAUUUCCUGGCGGUGUGAUUGGCCAGCUGCACGCCACCGACGCUGACCCUUAUGAUGCACUGACCUUUGGCCAUGCCCCCCCAGCCCAGCGCAGUCUUUUUAAGAUCAGUCCUCGUGAUGGCAAGAUCAUUGCCCUGGGCGGGUUGGAUGCAGGCAAAUACACCCUCAAUGCCAGCGUUAGUGAUGGCCGCUUCGCUGUGCCUGUGCCCGUGAGUGUGCAUGUGGAGCAGGCAACACCAGAGAUGCUGCGUGAGGCAGUGACGGUGCGCUUUGAGAGCGUGGCACCACAAGACUUCGUGGCAAUGCACCUGAAGAGCGUGUUGAAGGUUCUGCAGCAGGCCGCCGCAUCACAACAGCAGGACAUGUUGCACCUGCUCAGUCUGCAGCCAGUCGGAGGAACACAACAACUUGACAUGCUCGUAGCCGUGGAAUCAGCAGGGGGCGGGUACUAUAAGGCGGCUUACCUUACCCAGAAAUUAAGUGCAUCACGGCGGCAGCUGGAGGAGGUCCUCAGGGUGUCAGCUAUCCUGGAUAAGAACUGCUCGGGGCUGGAGUGUCGCGGCGCACAGUGCGAACAGAGCAUCAUCUUGGACUCACAUAACCUGGCUACAUACAGCACACCACGUGUCAGCUUUGUUUCACCACGCUUCCACCGAACCUCACGCUGCACAUGCAACGAUGCAAACUGUGCUGUCCUGUCAGAACAGUGUGAGGACCAGCCAUGUCCAGCAGACAUGCAGUGUGUUUCAAUUGAGGCCAACAGAGGUCGCUACGCAUGCCAGUGUCCACCAGGCAAACUGGGAGAGUGCGCAGGCCAUUCUUCUCUGAGUUUCUCAGGUAACAGCUACAUCAAGUACAGACUGUCUGACCGGCUGCAGACGGAGCUGAAACUCAGCCUCAGGAUCAGAACACUGCAAAGCAAAGGAAUCAUAAUGUACACACACACUGAGCCCUGCACCAUGCUCAAGUUGGAGGAGGGGAAGCUGUGGUUCCAGCUGGCCUGCAGCCUUAGAGGUGGCAGAGGUGAAGGUGGUGACAGUCCCGACAUGUUGGGCAUCUCUGGCCGUCGUAUCAAUGAUGGCAGCUGGCACACGGUGGCACUGGAGCUCAAUCGCAACUUCAGCAGCCUGGCGCUGGAUGACAGUUACGUUGAGCGACGCCGCGGACCACCAUUCAUACAACCAAUGGCUCCAGACAGAACCAUCUACUUUGGAGCACUGGUGCAGCAACCAAACUCUCGCAGCCUCAUGGACUCCCAGAAGGACCCGCAGGUGCUUGAGGGUUUCCAGGGCUGCCUGGACUCAGUCAUGCUGAACAACAACGAGCUGCCGCUGCAGAACAAACGCUCUCGCUAUGCAGAGGUGGUGGGACUGACAGAGCUGAAGCUGGGCUGCAUCCUUUAUCCUGACGCCUGCCUGCAGCAGCCCUGCCGCAAUGGAGCCACCUGCAACAGUCUUCCCUCUGGUGGGUACUCAUGCAGCUGUAACCCCCAGUACACCGGAGGUCGCUGUGAGAUGGAAAUAACAGCGUGUGUUCCCAACCCGUGUCAGAAUGGUGGCACAUGUAAGCCCAUCGGCAACGCCUUCCUCUGCAGCUGCAGGAGAGGAUUCAAGGGUCUGACCUGUGAGGAAGAUGUGAAUGAAUGUGACCGCAGUAAUCCAGAGGGCGAGUGUGAAAAUGGCGGGGUUUGCGUCAACACUUACGGCUCCUUCUACUGUAACUGCACAGCAGGCUUUGUGGGUGAGCGCUGCGGCCUGCGGCCCGUUGUUGUCCCGGACAUGCGGGCAGGUCACACUGUGGUCGGUAAAGAGGAAUUGAUCGGAAUCGCAGUGGUGCUUUUUGUCAUCAUUACCCUCAUCAUCCUCUUCAUUGCUUUCCGCAAGAAGGUUUUCCAGAAGAACUACUCGAGAAACAACCUGUCUCUGGUCCAGGACCCAGCCACUGCAGCACUCCUCAACAAGGCUAAUGGCGUUCAGUUUAAGACCCUACACUGCACGCCAGGCGACCCUCUCAACCUGUACUCAGAGCCAGGGCUGGGUGCUGUGGUGGGAGGGGGUGGGAUGAUGGGACCUCCACAGGUACCUGUGAGGCCCAUGGCAUACACGCCCUGUUUCCAAGGAGAUCCGCGGUCCACGCUGGAGAAGAUGGUGGAUGGACGCGGCGUGGAGCAUACAGAGAUGAGCACCUUUCACCCGGAGUCACCGAGGAUCCUCUCAGGUACCACCAGAAGGGGAGUGGUGGUGUGCAGCGUGGCCCCCAAUCUUCCGCCAGUGUCCCCCUGUCGCUCAGACUGUGACUCCAUACGUAAGAGCCCAUGGGACAGUGAUGAGGGUAAGAUGGUUGACAUGGCAGAAGAAGUAACGUGUUUCUCAGGAAGCAACAAAGGCAGUAACUCAGAGGUCCAAUCACUGAGCUCCUUCCAGUCUGACUCUUGCGAUGAUAAUGCCUCCAUAGUGACCGUCAUUCGACUGGUCAAUGAUGCAGUCGACACAAUCGAAAGUGAAGUGUCAGUUAUGGACCAAGGUCAAACCUACAACAGAGCAUAUCACUGGGACACAUCAGACUGGAUGCCAAGCACCAGGCUGUCAGACAUUGAAGAGGUGCCGGGUUAUGAGGCAGGUCCUGGCAGUGAUGUAGCAGGCUCAGCCCCACGCCUUGCAGGAAGCACCCGUGAACUGGAGUCAGACUACUACCUGGGGGGCUACGACAUUGACAGCGACUACCCCCCUCCCCAUGAAGAAGAGUUCUUGAGCCAAGACCAGCUGCCACCUCCGCUGCCCACAGGUGAGGACUAUCCUGAGCCCUACACGCCACUGACCACCAAUCCACCGGCUUCCAAGGAGAGCACUCUGAGCUCUGGCAGCACCGGGCGUAAGCAUGCCAGACCACACUUCCACCCCAGCCAAUACCUGCCUCCCCACCAGCUGCCCCUUGGGGAGGCAUCCCAUGGGGACUUCAGCACUUCAUUGAGUGGCGUAUCCCCAGGAAAUGGGGACACUGAUGACUCUGUGUCGCUAAAUAUGCGACUUUCUGUUGGUGCAUCAUCAGCCUCAGACAUGUCGGCCCCCUGUGGGCUGGAUGACUCUGAACAUGGCAGCGACUUUGACAGUAUGGACGAGCUUCGUCGCGGGGUAACCAUCAUCACUGACUCACAGCAACAGACUGAGGUGUGAUUGAUUGACUAGUACAGGGAUGCUAUGGGACAUAUAAUGGACCAGAAUGAGCAUAACAUUGAAGCAGAUGGAAGGAGAUGAACAAGCAAUGAUAUCAUGGGAAGAAAUACUUUGUCAAGUAAUGCUACAACCAUAGGUUAUAACAAUGACCGCAAAAUUUAAAACUACAUUUCACUUGUUUUAAGUAAUAUCCUCCAAUGCAACUCUGUCCAGACAUGGGAGUGUUGAGUUUUACCAUGAACUACAAAGUUACUGUGUUGUCCUGUCCCCUCUGUGCAGAACAAUCACAACUUUCCUCCCUGUUCCAAUAGGAAGUCAUGAAAGGUGAAAAGAAUGGAGUAGAGAAUGUGAAUGAGAAAGACUUAUCCAAAAGUGAUUGGAAUAUAUAGAUGCGGUUGAGAAAAUUCGGAAAAAGAGAAGGGACAAUCAUGUAAGUCAAAGGGUUGUAUGCUUCCCUGCUCCUUAACAGAAGCUCAUUGGACCACUUCUUUCUUAAAAAAAAAAAAAAAAAAAAAAAAAA